UAGCCUUGACGUUAGCUGAAGACUAAAGCUAGCUGCCUCGCUCGCUGCUCACCGGAGGCUUCACUAAAAGAAGCCUGCGCUCGCCUAAAGGACGACCUAAAUAUCACAAAAUUUGAGCGAUUUUACCGAAAAGCAAGGCAUUUUGUGCUCGUAAAGGGUCGCGUGGUCCCAAUGAGCUGCAGCAGGGAGAUGAAACUGAAAAUCACAUUCAUGGUGACCUAAAAAAUAAAAAUUUAAAAAUCUCAGGCCAAAAGGUGAAGGUUCGAGACCCCAGGCCAAAGUCAGCCCCAGCCCACAGUGUCAGACACAACAGACGACUGCCCUGCACACAGACGCUAUGGAGUCCCCUACUGACCCCGGCAGCCGUUCGACCGCCGCCAGCCUGAUGGCCGCCAGCAACGUGACAAACAAGACAGAUCCGCGCUCGCUCAACUCGCGUGUGUUCAUCGGCAACCUCAACACCCUGCUUGUGACCAAGGCCGACGUGGAGGCCAUCUUCGCCAAGUACGGCAAGAUUGUGGGCUGCUCCGUGCACAAGGGCUACGCUUUUGUGCAGUACGCCAAUGAGCGCAACGCCCGCUCUGCCGUCGCCGGCGAGGAUGGCCGGAUGAUUGUCGGCCAAGUGCUCGACAUUAACCUUGCCGGGGAGCCCAAACCGCAUCGUUCCAAAACCACCAAACGUUCAGCUGGAGACAUGUACAGCAGUUCCUCCUUUGAACUGGACUAUGAUUUCCAGAGAGAUUACUACGACAGAAUGUAUUCCUACCCGUCCCGUGUGCCCGCCCCACCUCCGCCACUCUCCCGCGCCGUCAUCCCGUCCAAGCGCCCGCGGGUCAGCCUCAGUGGCGGCGGCGGCGGCGGCGGUGGUGGUGGUGGUGGUGGUGGAGGAGGAGGAGGAGGAGGAGGAGGAGGUGGAGGAGGGGGAGGAAGCAGCCGGCGCACCAAGAGCAGCUUCUCUUCGUCCUCCAAGAGCAGCCAGAGGGCUUACUCAUCUAGAAGUAUGAAAGUCGACGAGCUGCAGACCAUCAAACGCGAGCUGACUCAAAUUAAGAGCAAAGUGGACGACCUCCUGGAAAGCCUGGAGCGCAUGGAGAAGGACCACAGCAAGAAGUCAGAGUCCAAAGGCAUUAAGCCCGAGCCAGGCGAGGUGACCUCUCCGCCUCACCCAGGCAGCAAGAAAGACGAGGCCCUGAAGCGGGAGCGGGACAGCCAGGAGCUGAACGACACUGACGAGGAAGAGGAGGAGGAAGACGAGGAGGAGGAGGAGGAUGAGGAGGAUGAAGAAGAGACGGACCACCUGGAGGAAGAGGAGGAGGUGAAGAGCCAGGAGGAGGAGGAGGAAGAAGGCGAGCACGUAGAAGGGGAUGACGACGGCGACAGCAUCAAUGGCGAAGACGACUCGUAGGCCGCCGAGCCGCCCCGCCCCACCCCACCAAAUGCGCCGCACCUCGCUGCGGUGGAACGCUAAUAGUAGGAACCCGGACUUCAGUUUUAUCAUUUGACAACAACGAUUUCCAAAAAAGCUGACGUGCACGUAAAGGAGCAUGGCGUGCAAGCGCACACGCAGUUGUUGUGUUCAUUUGUGACUUGCUGUGUAGCCUCUUUUAGCACGUCGCAACCGCCUACAUGUUUGCGCGUUCGUGGUGUUUUUCCUUUUAGCUCUCGUAGACUCGUUUGUUGGCUUCCCUCGUCGUCUGUCUGUCGGUGGCUUUCACCCCCUUGCGUGUCCGUUUUUUUAAAAAUACUAUUCAACUUCUGUUUUACUGUAAAGGAAUAAAUUGCAAUAAAAUAUUAAAAUGCCA